AAUGGUGUUCAGAGUGACUGUCAACGGCGCGUGGAGGGCGACGAGGACGCUGUGGCUGCUGCUGCUGGUGAUCCUGUCUGUGGGCAUCUGUGUGUGCCGAGCAUCAUCAUUAUCUCCGGAGGAGAGCAAUUCCAUGGAGAACACCAUCGUGACAGAGAAGAAGGCUGAGGAGAGCCACAGGCAGGACAGCGCAGACUUGCUCAUCUUCAUCAUGCUGCUCACCCUCACCAUCCUCACCAUUUGGCUCUUCAAACACCGGCGCUUCAGGUUCCUGCACGAAACUGGGCUGGCAAUGAUUUAUGGCUUAAUCGUUGGCGUGAUCUUGCGCUAUGGCAUCCAUGUUCCUCGGAACGUUAGCAACGUCACGCUGAGUUGCCAGGUUAAUGUGAGCCCUGCCACCCUGCUGGUCAAUUUCAGUGGCAAAUUUUAUGAGUACACACUGAAGGGGGAGAUCAACCCCACUGAAUCGAAGGAUGUGGCCGACAAUGAGAUGCUGCGAAAGGUUACCUUUGACCCUGAAGUGUUCUUCAACAUUCUUCUCCCGCCCAUCAUCUUCCAUGCUGGUUACAGCCUGAAAAGGAGACACUUUUUCCGUAACAUGGGAUCCAUCCUGGCUUAUGCAUUUCUGGGAACAGUCAUUUCCUGUUUUGUUAUCGGGUUGCUGAUGUAUGGCUGCGUGACGCUAAUGAAGCAGGUUGGACAGCUGGACGGAGACUUUUUCUUCACCGACUGUCUGUUCUUUGGAGCCAUCGUCUCUGCCACAGACCCCGUGACAGUCCUGGCUAUCUUCAACGAGCUGCAGGUUGACGUGGAUCUGUACGCCUUGCUGUUCGGAGAGAGCGUGCUCAACGACGCCGUGGCUGUGGUUCUGUCCUCGUCUAUAGUAGCGUACCAGCCAGAAGGAGACAACAGUCACACCUUCGAGGUGAUGGCAAUGCUGAAAUCUUUUGGGAUUUUCCUCGGUGUAUUCAGUGGCUCGUUUGCUCUGGGAGUGGCCACCGGAGUCGUCACUGCGCUCGUGACCAAGUUCACCAAGUUGAGGGAUUUCCAGCUGUUGGAGACGGCGCUUUUCUUCCUCAUGUCAUGGAGCACAUUCCUGUUGGCUGAGGCUUGUGGUUUCACUGGUGUGGUAGCAGUGCUGUUCUGUGGAAUCACUCAGGCCCAUUACACGUACAACAACCUGUCUCCCGAGUCCCAGGACCGAACUAAACAGCUGUUUGAACUGCUGAAUUUCUUGGCGGAAAACUUCAUCUUCUCCUACAUGGGCCUGACCCUGUUCACCUUCCAGAACCACAUCUUUAAUCCGAUGUUCGUCGUCGGAGCUUUCCUGGCUGUGUUCUUGGGAAGAGCCGCUAACAUCUACCCUCUGUCAUUCCUUCUUAAUCUGGGACGACGCAACAAAAUCAGAUCCAACUUUCAACACAUGAUGAUGUUUGCAGGACUCCGGGGUGCCAUGACGUUUGCCCUGUCCAUCAGGGACACCGCGACGUACGCCCGUCAGAUGAUGUUUUCCACCACGCUGCUCGUGGUUUUCUUCACUGUUUGGGUUUGUGGAGGUGGCACCACCCAGAUGUUGUCCUGCCAGCGCAUACGAGUGGGAGUGGACUCGGAUCAAGAUAACUCUAUGAGUAUCAGUGAUGGAUCGUUAGAGAGAAGAAGCACCAAACAAGAAAGUGCUUGGCUUUUCAGAAUUUGGUACAACUUUGACCACAACUACCUGAAGCCCAUCCUGACUCACAGUGGCCCCCCUCUCACGGCCACGCUGCCUCCCUGCUGUGGCCCCCUCGCCCACUUGCUCACCAGCCCUCAGGCCUAUGAGAAUGAAGGUGAGUUGAAGGACGAUGACUCUGACCUCAUCCUGACGGACAGGGACAUGAACCUGACCUAUGGCGACAUCACCGUCAGCACGGAUGGCUCAGGUGCACACAGCAGCGGCGGUGCAGCCUUUUCCGGCAUCGGCGCCGACGACUUGGACAGGGAGCUCACGUACGGGGAUCACGAGCUGGUGAUGCGGGGCACGCGCCUGGUGCUGCCCAUGGAUGACUCGGAGCCGCCCUUCUCCGACCCCCAGCACCGCCUGCGGAUGUGAGGACAAGUCUUUUAAAGCGCAGACGCAGACAACCGUCCCAUCUCACACUGACCCAAGCCACCGAGCAGCAGACCUGCGCCCGUGUUCUCCUUUAUUUCAUUCUGCCGCUGAAUUCUUUGUUUUUCUCUUCAAACAUUCCUCUCGCUUAUUUUUCCACCCAUUUCACCCCCUCCCCACAGUGGCAAAUCACUGUCUCUACCUCAUUCCUGUUCUGCUCGUUCUCUGCACCUUUCUGAACUGUAAUAUAUAUUCGUAUUUAUUUGCAGGGUUUCUUUGGCAUUCAUUUUGAAAGUCAAAGUUUCUCCCAGUUUGGCUUAAAGUUGUGUGCCAGUCACCUUACUGUAGCAUCGCACAGGGGUCCAGCAGCAUGUGUUUGUGUGUAAAUGCAAGUACCAACCACUAUCUAAUUUGUCAACGUACAGUAUAUCACAGGAGUACUAUAACUUUGAUGAUGCAUGCUGAGGAUGCUUAUUGUUUUCUUUGUGUGUGAGGUUCGAGGGCUUUUCUGUUCGUUGGGGUCCAACCGUGUAAUUGUCGCUGCCUUCUCUCUCUGUGUGUCAGAGACGCGCUGACCCAGUUGACAACUUUACUGUACAUGUGGUUACAAUUAAGUGCCUGGGAAUUGUAGUUUAAAGUGUGGGCAACCCAAACUGGAUCGUGGAGGCUGUGGGCAGUCGUGCACUUAUCGUUUUCCCCUUUUUUAAAGAAAAAAAGAAAUCCCCAAAAAAAUCACAACACCUCUCUAUUCAUAAGGUAGCAAUAUAAGGUAGUGGGUGUUUGGGCUGUCAGUUUGUGCUGUUUACCCGUAACAAUGUAAUCUGGCAGUGAAAGACGUGGAUCUCUCCCAGUGACCUUUGACUGUGACACGGUGAGGGACUUAUUUUAGAAGCUGACGUUGCUCUCGACGGGUCAAAUCGCUCUCAUUUGAAGAGAAGAGAUUUAAAUGAAGGAGACUCUGUGCCAUCUCUGUCCUGCAUUUUGACUUUUUAACGAGGGAAAAAAAACAACAAAAAUGCAGUUGACGUCGUGUUUUCUAUUGUUUUUGCAACAGAUCUGAAAUAUUUUAAGCUGACUCACAUACUCGUUGACAUCCACACACGCUCUUUUUUGAGACUUAACCCCCUUUCUUGUGAAUUUGACACGAAAAGUAACUUUUUUUCCAAUGUUAUUCCAAUAUAUUUUCAUUGUCCAUCACUCCAGCAGUUGUGUUUGAUCAGUCGAUCAUCGUUUGAUCUAUUUGCAAUCAAUUAAGAAUUUAAAAAAAGUAUUUAGAGCUGGAUGCAGUGCAUCCUUUUUUAUGGGUACUGUGAUGAGUUUAUGAUUUAAAGGAUUGCAAGAAUAGAACAGCACUAGUUGUUUACAUGUGGGACGUUUGUCCUCCGCCGUCCUCUUGGACUGACAUCUUGAUCGUUCAGCAGGAUUUUUAACAGCAUCGAUGCACAAAAAAAAAGAAAGCGUUACUUGUUACCAUUUUUAAGUUAUAGUUUUACUUCAAGUCGAUCGUUGAGGCUAUUUUUGUGGGCGUACAAGUGGAAUAGAAGGUUGUGUGGAGUAUAGCAGCUGUUAAC